AUGGAGCCCUCCUUCAGGCCUGUCAACGAAUCGUUCCCCAUGCCUAGACACCCUCAUCUCAACUUCCACGCCCACCUGAGUUUCAUGGGAAAUUGCACCAUGGUCCAUUUGACCACCACCGACCUCAGCCAAGCUGAGAGCACUCUAUCGCCUAUGGGAAGUUUUGUCUACGCAAUGCCUGAUAUGAGAAACGAUCGAGAUGCGAUCAGCACACCUCUGUCGACCUCGGGCUCUAGCAUUGACUAUGCCACUAGAAUGGCCAAGGUCCUUGCUCGGAAGAUGAAACAACCAGUGUACGUGGGCUGCAGCAUGGAUUUCACGGGCACGACAGCCGAAGAAGAAAUGGAAGGCUUCGCCGCUGUCGUCGAUCAGAUUAUGGAGAGGUGGACCCCCAAAUCGUGA